AUGAUUCAAGUUUUUCCUGAUAUUUCAAAAGCAAAUAUAAGAAAAUGUGAAAAGGAAACCCAUGAAGGAUUAUGUGUAAAACCUGAGGAAUCGGAAGCUGAAGAAAUGAUAACAUUAGCAAAACUCAUUGUCUGGGAUGAGGCAACAACGUCUCAUAAGGCAGCAUUUGAAGCACUUGAUACAACACUACAAGACUUCAAAAACAAUAAGAAGAUCAUGGAUGGUGUCACCCUCCUCAUGGCUGGUGACUUCAGGCAAACGCUGCCUGUCAUUCCCAGAGGAACAAGGGCAGAUGAGCUGAGAGCUUGCAUCAGGUCCUCAUAUAUCUGGCAACAUGUCAAGCAGCUUACUCUGACAACCAACAUGAGGGUUCACAUUCGUGGUGACCUGUUAGCUGCACAGUUCUCCAAUAACUUACUUGACAUUGGAAAUGGCAAACUUCCACAAGAUCCAGAAGAUAGUCUGCACCACCUCCCAUGCGGCAAUAUGACUGCCUCCCUUGAAGAACUGAAGAGCAAGGUGUUUCCAAACAUUGCCACAAACUAUAAAAGUCACAAGUGGUUAUCUGAAAGGACAAUUCUGGCACCAAGGAAUGAUGCUGUAGACAAGCUGAAUCUAAAUUUGUUGCCUCAGCUCCCAGGACCUGAAUGUUCAUACAGAUCAAUUGACACUGUCCCUGAUCAAGAACAGUUCAAGAGACUGCAGUUUCCUGUCAAACCUAGCUUUGCAAUGUCUAUCAACAAAGCACAUGGUCAAUCUUUAAAGGUGGUGGGACUUAACCUCCUUCAACCUUGCUUCUCACAUGGUCAGCUGUAUGUUGGAUGUUCUAGAACUGGAGAGGAAAAGAAUAUCUACAUUCUCAGUGACAAACAUGGCAAGACAGAAAACACAGUAUAUGAAGAAGCACUUCCAUGA